AUGGCGGUUGCAGAACCCUCACCAUCUAUGGACAUUUUAGUGAGAGAUCCAGAGGGCUUUGUUAUUUGGCAUGGACCUCCAUUCACCAAUGGCCAGCCACGAAUCAAGCUCGAUAAAGUCCAGUGUACCAGCGCAAAAUUCAGCGAGGAUGGAUCAAAACUCAUGGUUAUGAAAUCGGACUCCUUGGUUAGCAUAUAUGAGUGCAAAAGCUUGAGAGAGAUUAGGUCCCUUCAAGUUCCCAAUGUUCUUGCGGCUACUAUAUCACCACGUGGGAGUUAUCUUCAAACCUUUCAGAAAUCUACGUCCCCGCAGGAGAAGAAUGUGGUUCUGUGGAAGAUAGAUACUGGAGAUUCUUCUUAUCAGCUUUCUCAGAAGAAUAUGACUAAAGCAACAUGGCCGGUGAUAAGGUUCAGCUCUGAUGAAGCUGUGGCAUGUCGUCUGGCAACCAAUGAAAUACAAUUUUUUGACCCUGUAGAUUUCUCCAGAGGGAUUGUUAAUCGGCUCAGAGUUCCUAGCAUAGCUGCAUUUGAGCUUUCUAGAAAUGUCGGGUCUUAUGUGGCAUCAUUUGUUCCAGAAUCCAAGGGAAUGCCUGCCAAUGUUCAAAUAUUUGCUCGUGGAAAGGAAUCGCAGAGUCAGCCUGUUGCUAGACGCAGUUUCUUUCGCUGCUCAUCAGUACAACUGAACUGGAACUGUGAUUCCACAGGGCUUCUGGUUGUUGUGCAGUCAGAUGUUGAUAAAACCAAUCAAAGUUACUACGGGGAGACAAAAUUGAACUAUUUGACUACUGAUGGAACUCAUGAAGGACUCGUGCCACUUCGUAAAGAAGGCCCUGUACAUGAUGUGCAAUGGUCAUAUUCUGGCAAAGAAUUUGCAGUGGUUUAUGGAUUUAUGCCUGCAAUGGUGACAAUAUUUGACAAGAAGUGCAAUCCUCUACUUGAGCUUGGAACGGGCCCUUACAAUACUAUCAGAUGGAAUCCAAAAGGGAAGUUUAUAUGUGUGGCAGGCUUUGGGAACUUACCCGGUGACAUGGCAUUUUGGGACUAUAUGGAAAAGCAGAAGCUUGGGACUACAAAGGCUGAAUUAUCUGUGACAAGUGAAUGGUCCCCAGAUGGACAGUAUUUUAUGACUGCCACAACAGCUCCAAGGCUUCAGGUUGACAAUGGGAUCAAAAUCUUCCACCACAAUGGGUCAUUGUAUUACAAGAAGAUGUUUGACAAACUGUUUCAGGCUGACUGGAAACCAGAGUCACCUGUUAAGUUCGGCGAUAUUGCAGAACUUGUGAAGUCAAUUGACUCGUUGAAAGUGGAAGAGACGAAAACAAAAGCAACAGGGUCAAAAUCUGUACAGGCCUCCACAAAAGCUACUCCAGCCAAUCCUCCUUCACAAAAACCUGCUGCUUAUCGCCCUCCCCAUGCUAAAGCUGCAGCUGCCGUACAGGCCGAGCUGUUUGGAGGAAGUCCUAGUGGAGAUCUGAGCAAGAAUGCCCUGAAAAACAAGAAAAAAAGGGAAAAACAAAGAGAGAAAAAGUCUGCUGAAGCUGCCGGUGAUGCUUGA